AUGCGAGCCCUGAAGACGGAUUCAAUAGACUUCAGCAUUCUCCAAGAUUGGAUGAGUUUCUGCAAGGAUAAACAUACAGGUGGAUGCAAUAUUUCCCAACAGGAUGAAGGACGGAUCGGUCUCAAAGUUAUCGAUUGCGAAACCCUCAUGCUCGUCGACCUGGGCGACUUGGAAUAUUUGACGUUAAGCUACCAAUGGGGAGUAGGCGAAAAAGCACCAGAGUACUCAAUUGCGCUGCCUAAUCUUGGUUCGCUGCCUGCUACUAUUAGAGACUCAAUUACCGCAACUCUCAAGCUAGGCUAUCGUUAUAUCUGGAUCGAUCGUUACUGCAUAGAUCAGUCAAAUAUCAAGGAUGCAAUGCGGCAAAUUCAAAAGAUGGACAUCAUCUACAGACACUCGGAAGCUACCCUUAUAGCCGUUGGCGGCACAGGCCCGUCGUAUGGUCUUCCGGGCGUCAGCGAGCGCCAGCGCCAAAUGCAAUAUCGAUUCCAAUUCGGCGACAAGGAAUUCGUCGGACCGAUCCACUUCGUCGACGGAGUAGUCAAUAAAUCGCGAUGGGGGACACGCGGAUGGACAUUCCAAGAGGGCGCGCUAUCAAGACGACGAUUCAUCUUCACUGACCAGCAAGUGUACUUCGAAUGCCACGAGAUGUGUUGCUACGAG